UCCCAUUUAUUAGAUCCGGUCUCUUGUUAUCAAAAUGGCGGGCCUCGUGUGCCGUGUUCAUCCCGUGGUCUUAUUUUCCAUCGUCGAUGCUUACGAACGAAGACAAGAAGAUGCACACCGAGUUAUUGGAACACUAUUAGGUACCUGUGAGAAAGGGGCAGUUGAAGUUUCUAAUUGCUUCACCGUUCCACAUAAUGAAUCAGAAGAUGAAGUUGCUGUUGAUAUUGAAUAUGCUCGAAAUAUGUACGACCUUCACAGGAAAGUCAACAGUUCGGAAGUCAUAGUCGGCUGGUUUUCCAGUAGUGGUGAAAUAUCCGAGUACUCUGUGCUCAUUCAUGAGUAUUAUGCUCGUGAAGCGAAAAAUCCUGUACAUAUUACAGUAGACACAUCUUUGAUGACUGGAAAAAUGGGUGUUAAAGCUUUUAUUAGUACACCGAUGGGUGUUGCCAACAAGUCAACCGGUAUCAUGUUUACACCAGUUAAUGUAGAAAUAAUUAAGUACGAGACAGAGCAAGUUGCAAUCAACUUGAUUCGGGAAAGCCAGCUUUCUUCUAAAAGGUCCGUCUCUAUGGUAACUGAUUUACAACAAGUAGACAUACUUUGUGGACGACUGCAGAGCAUGCUUGCAAUUGUUCAGCAAUAUGUUGAAGAUGUUCUGGAUGGUAAAAUUGCUCCAGAUAACAGCACAGGACGCUUUCUGAUGGAACUUAUUCACAGUGUCCCAAUGAUUGAUCCUGACGAAUUUUCUGCAAUGCUAAAUGCCAACAUAAAGGAUCUUCUGAUGGUUACUUACCUCUCCAAUUUAACUCGUGCCCAACUGGCUCUGAACGAAAGGCUCACUAUGUUUAUAGCUAUGGGUGCUAAAGAGUAGGCAAAGAUUCAGGAUGCAUUUAAUUAUUAAUACAAUGACUCUUCAAAGUAAUUUCAAUUAUAUUGAAAUAAAAUUAAAAU